GAAAAACCUUGAGAUUUGUUCCAUAGUCAAGGAAAGAAAUGGCGAGUACAAUACUUUUUGCUCUCUUUCUUCUUUCUGUCCUAACCUUCUACCCUCCUUCAAUCACUGCUCAAGUGACCGAUGGGAGUGGUAACAUCGCUACUAAUCGUGGCAUAUUCUAUAUAACGCCACCCAAAUUUGGGCUGGGCGGUGGAAUUCAACGAAUUAAAACUGGAAACGAAACUAGCCGUUUCUCAGUUGUGCAGUCUCGCUUUGAGACCGAUCUAGGGCUUCCAUUGAGAAUUGCAUCCCCAUACCUUGUCACAUUUAUCCCGAUCGGGAGCCCUGUGUUCAUUAGCUUCGUAGAUGAUCCUGUCGGUGCCAACCCUCUCGAGUGGACCGCUGUUAAGGUUCUGUCUGAAGGAACCUUCGUUAAAGUUGGCUACCCAAAUUCAUUCGAAGGGUACUUCAUUAUUGAGGCAGCUUCCUCAGCCAAUACC